AUGGUGGGAGUGCGGGCUGCUGCAGCCGCGAGGCGCCUCCUCAGCCUACGCCGCGCUGGCCGCUUCCCCACGCGACCAGGAUUGUCGAAUUUGGGACAGUUCGAUCCUGAUUUUUACCAAUCUAAUUAUACCAUUGAUAAUCAGGAGCAGAACUAUAAUGUUUCUAAUUCCUAUGAAAAUGUUUAUGGCUCUAGAGGACAACAAACCGGUGAACAGCCUCAGUCCAGCUCUCUUGUUCCUCCAGAGAUGCUCAUGCCAUCAGGUUACACAGGACAAUUUUUUCAGCCAGCACCCAACUUGGAUUAUUUCUCACAAUCUCCUUAUGUUGACCAUUUCGAUGAAGAGCUUUCUUUGCUAGAAGAACUUGGAAUCAAUUUUGAUCACAUAUGGCAAAAAACUUUAACGGUGUUAAACCCAAUGAAGUCAGCAGAUGGCAGCAUUAUCAAUGAAACGGACCUCACAGGGCCCAUCCUUUUUUGUUUAGCACUUGGAGCCACAUUGCUUCCGGCAGGAAAAGUUCAGUUUGGUUACAUGUAUGGCAUGAGUGCCAUUGGCUGCCUUGGGAUGCAUGCCUUACUGAACCUGAUGAGCUCUGCAAGGGUAUCAUAUGGCUGUGUGGCGAGUGUGCUCGGUUACUGCCUGCUCCCCAUGGUCAUCCUCUCCAGCUGUGCCAUCUUCUUUUCAUUGCAGGGCACCUUUGGAGCUGUGUCAGCCCUGGUCAUCAUUGGCUGGUGUAGUCUUUCAGCUUCCAAGAUCUUCAUUCAGCCUUGGACAUGGAAGACAACAGUUCUCAUUGCCUACCCUUGCGCCCUACUUUAUGGACUUUUUGCCCUCCUCACAGUUUUCUAA